UACAGGCACUUUCACUGUGUGUCGUCAGUGAAAACACAUGACUAAAGCUAGCGCAAAAACCACGAAAGAAGAGAAAGCAAAAGCUUCUGUUCCUCAGCACUAUAAUACACUCUUUUUUUUCUGUCCUAUGUUUCUCAUAUUGUCCUCUAUAAGCUUAGAACGGCUAUAUUCUACAUUUUCAGCUAUUGCCAUAGCUUCAAUAUUUAGCAAUAUAUUUACUGCCCAAUACCCACUUUGUGUCUGGGUGAGAGAGAAACGAAGAGGAAAAUUUUUAGAUUGUGCUACUACUAGUGCCCAGUGUGACGUGCGCGGUUCAGAGAACGAUCGGACCACAUACCUCGUAUUUCUACCAGUGGUUAUUUGUGCUGCUUGAACACGUGACCACACGGCACUUUUAUCCUUGCGCCAACGCUCCCCUUCUGGAACUGUCGAAAUUUUGUGAAGAUUAAUUAAGUGAUUCUGCAGUUCCACAGAGUUUCUCAUAGUGAGAUACUUGUGAUGAUAAAUAGCAAUCAGAAAUGAAAAGGAUACCUGAAGCAGAAAAACUACGAGCAGAUUACCCUAGUGAGGCUAAGGUGACAAAUAUUUACUCAACUUCCCAAAAAGAGGUGGGAACUAUAUCAAAUGCCCAUGACUUCCUAGAAAUGAACUUCACUGUUCCUCUUCAAACAUGCAAAGGAGACAACUUCUAUCUAGAGCAUGAGGAACUUAUGCUUAACGCUGGUUCAAUCAAGCGAUGUGAUGAUUCGCUCGAAGAUAGUGGCUUUACUUCAUUUCACGGAGCAAGUCAUCCUCCAGAACCUGUUGAUACUGACCUAAUGAGACCAGUUUAUGUACCAAUUGGUCCGAAUGAAACAGAUGGUAAAUGCUUAGUGAAAAGCAUGUCUCUGAAGGGUCCUUCCGCAGAUGAUCUUUCAAUCCAGUUUCUUAACAUGAAACCAACUUCGUUUCUUCAUUUACCGGCAGAGAGAUGGGUUGAAAAGCCAAAUGAUCUAGGUGCAGUCUCCUCUGCAUUUAUGGUUCCUCGUUCAUCUCAAAACACAGAAGCAAGUCUACCACCUGAUUCUGAAGAAAAAGAAUGUGUUUGGGAUGCAUCACUACCCUCGAGCAGUAAUGUCAGUCCAUAUAGUAGCAUUGAAAGUACUGGUGUUGGCACAGCUAUGAGCACUGCCAACAGCUGCACAAGCACAUAUAGGAGUGAUGGCAUGGUUAGUAUGGACAAGAACUGUGAGGGUACAAAACUGAGUAUUCAGGGGGAUUCGUUAGGAAGUGCUAAAACUAGCUUUAGCAGAGCAAGUGAUAGCACUGAACUUAGUGAUGAUAGUAACUGGAGUAACAUUACUGGCAGUGCCAAUAAGCCUCACAAAGGAAAUGAUCCGAGAUGCAAGGCUGUUCUUGCAAUACGAGCACGUGAUGGUAUAUUAGGCAUGAGUCACUUUAGGAUACUGAAAAGACUUGGUUGUGGUGACAUUGGCACUGUUUAUCUUUCUGAACUCAGUGGGACUUGGUGCUAUUUUGCGAUGAAAGUGAUGGAUAAGGCAUUGCUUGAAAGUAGGAAGAAAUUGACCCGUUCUCAGACAGAAAGAGAAAUCCUUCAGCUGUUAGACCACCCAUUCUUACCAACCUUGUAUACUCAUUUUGAGACUGACCGAUUUUCAUGUUUGGUCAUGGAAUAUUGCCCUGGAGGAGAUCUACAUACUCUACGACAACGACAACCUGGGAAGCAUUUUUCAGAAUAUGCUGCAAGGUUUUAUGCUGCGGAAGUUCUAUUGGCCCUCGAAUAUCUUCACAUGCUUGGUGUAGUUUACAGAGACUUAAAGCCUGAAAAUAUUCUAGUGCGUGACGAUGGCCACAUCAUGCUUUCGGAUUUUGACCUAUCCCUAAAAUGUACAGUUUCACCGACAGUCAUAAGGGCCUCAUCUGGUGAUCCCUCUAAACGAGGAGCUGCAUUCUGUGUGCAGCCAGCCUGUAUUGAGCCCACUUCUUCAUGCAUUCAGCCGACAUGUUUCCUCCCCCGAUUAUUUCCUUCAAAAAGCAAGAAAAGGUCACAAAAGCCCAGAACCGAGCCUGGUUUUCCUGCUAAUGCCAUGCCUGAGCUAGUUGCAGAACCUACUGCAGCACGGUCAAUGUCAUUUGUUGGGACACAUGAAUACUUGGCCCCUGAAAUUAUCAAGGGAGAAGGCCAUGGCAGUGCUGUUGAUUGGUGGACGUUUGGCAUUUUUCUGCAUGAAUUACUUUAUGGUAAGACCCCAUUUAAGGGAUCAGGCAACAGGGCAACUCUUUUCAAUGUAGUUGGGCAACAGCUUAAAUUUCCUGAUUCUCCUGCAACCAGUUAUGCCAGCCGCGAUCUGAUACGUGGCUUGCUCGUCAAAGAGCCUCAACGCCGGCUUGGGGUGAAAAGAGGAGCAAGUGAGAUCAAGCAGCACCCUUUCUUUGAAGGUGUUAAUUGGGCCCUGAUUCGUUGCAGUACGCCACCUGAAGUGCCAAGACAAGUUGAAGCAGAGCUUCCAUGGAGGUUUAAGCAAGUGAACCCAGUUGGAGUUUUUGAUCAGGAAGUGAACCCUGUUGGAGUUUGCAGUAAAAGAAUGCCAGGACCAGAUGUGAAUUCUGGCGGUAAUUAUCUUGACUUAGAGUUCUUUUAGGUGUGAGCUUGCUCAAAUUGCCGGUCUCAAGCCCGGAUAAAACGGGAGGGUUGCGGUAAGUUGACAACCAGCAUAAAACUAGUUAAUAUAUGAGUUCUCACAACAUAGAUAUUGUAGGGUCGUGCUCGCCUAGGCUGGCAUCAAAUGGAGCGAAGUAAGGAUUCAUAUAGCUAGCCUCAACUUGUUUUGGAUUGAGGCAUAGUUAUUACUACUGUUGUUUGAGUUCUUUUAGUCUAGAAAUAUAGGAUUCUUGUCUAGAA